AACGUAACUUCCGGUGUUGUUCGGCGGGCUGGAUGAAAGCAGGAAAGCGACGUUUAGCGAGCUAAAGAUUUGCUCAACUAAAGCUGAUUUUUUAUUAUUAUUGUAAAUUAAACAAGCGUUUUCAGUAAAUUUGCGCCAGCCUCUUUGACACAUUUAUCACCGGCUUGCUGCGACUACAGCUGCUAGUUUUUCAUAAACCCGCCGUUAAUUUCUGCUGAACAAAAACCGAAAUUUAGCUUCUUAUUUACUCCGGACAUGGACCGACCGUGCAGACGAGUGAAGACGAAGGUUGUGAACUACUGUGAAAACAAAGACUUGGAAGAUGAUGAGGAUUUUGCCUGUUCGAAGGCACCGCCCAGCAAAAAGCCCAGAGAGGAAAUGGGACAAGAAAAGAAGAAAUCUGCAGGCAGGUCCUCCAGUCAAGAGACGACCCCCAAAUCUGUGCAGAGCGAGAAGAUCAGAAAACCUCUAGAUGAAAAGUUGUAUGAAAGAGAUCUAGAUGCAGCCAUCACCCUUUCUUUACUCAACAACUCAGGCGGAUUAAUGGAGUCUCCCACCAAUGUUAAAGUUCAGAACCCCAUGGAUGAAAACACAGAUCCAGCUUCUUUGCUCUUGUCCAACUGCUGUGUGGAUGGAGCACUUUUAGGCCUUGACGAAAUAACAUCUGAGAAAGCAUCAACAGCUUCUGACAGACAGAGGAAGACUUCGACUAAAGCGCCUGAGGAGCAGAGAAAAAAGGACGAAGACGAAGACUACAAACCCAAACUGAUGCCAGAUUCAGAGAGCGACGAGGAUUUCAGCGAGCCCGACGAGAGCGACGAUGAGGAGUUCACGGUGAAGAAAGCCAGCAAAGCUAAACGGAAGGAGAAAGUUCCCAAGAAGGACAAACCCAAACCCAGUCCUGCCCCCAGGAAAGAGAAGAAACGAUCCAAGCCGUCACACUCUAAACCAAACGCAGCAGCAGUGUCCCCCCCGGGCAGAAGCCCCCCUGCAGCCAAACCGGCUCCCAGCAGCUCGGCCUCAUCCUCCCCGGCUUCCACCGUGAAGCCUGUGAGCUCUCUGAGUCCAGCAGGGGGCAGACUACCCAAGUGGACCCCACCAGCUCAGAUCGGGAAAAGCCCCACCUCCUCCCAGACUCCGGCUGUGAAGUCUCCCAGCGCCGGGCUGAGACUAGGACUGUCCCGCCUGGUCCGGGUCAAACCUCUCCACCCGAGCGUUGCCAGCCACUAACAGAUAACCUGUCACUGCUGGUGUGUUAUGUGUGUAUAUUUUCAAUCAGAUCCUCACAUGUGUUAACUUCUUUCAACCCAAACUUGAUGAUUGCAGUGUAGAUGUUUUACCCUGGUAAAGAAAAUCAUCGCCGUAGAUCAGCAGCUCCUCGUUGGAUCUGAAGUCUUGACUUUAUUGUCCAACUCAUGUUUCAUUUUUUUUAUAUUGUAAUAAGUCCCUAAAAACUGUUCUUUGGUUUUAGAUUUCAUUGUUUCCUUGUUUUUCUUUCCUUUCUCUUUGAAAACAUUUUACUCCUCUUUGUAAUGCUUGUAUAUUCUGUACAUAAUCAUAAAAUAAAGAGAAAAAGCGUUCAUUGCAGA